UGAAGAGGAAGCAAUGGUUAAUGUAUGUUUUAUAUAGGGAAGCUACCAGAUGAUAUAUUGCAAGUUAAAUGAUGCUGAUAUUCCAAACUCUUGCUAUUGUACUGUUGCACAGAUGUAGAAAACAGCCUGUCAGAACAGCAACCUAGAAAAGCUUGUAGCUUUCAAAGUGCUGCUCCUCGGAGGACAAGACGCAGUGCACGAAGGCAGUUUGUGUGUGUGUGGGCACAGAAAACCUUGCUGGGGUAGUGAAGCGGAUUAGCCCGUCGGUGGUCUUGUGCAAAGCAGGAACGCGCUGGCGGCUGGCACGCCAGGCUGCCCUGCGUUGGACAGCUGUCACGCUGGCACCACUCGGUUCCUCUGAUUGGGUACUCGCAGCGACUGAUUAAAAAUGCUGAUGCCGUUUCUACGCUCCUUUCCACUUGGAGGAGAAAUCUCUUUUCCCCACCCCCAAGCCCACCUCUAGAAUGUAAGUAAUGGUGAGAAGAUGAAGAUGAAAACAGUGCAGUCUGAGUGACUGGAAAUACAGCAGUCUCUUUUAGCUGCAGUGUUAUGUAGGAGUCGUCUUCAGACUUCUUACCUUUGGUUUUUUAGCACAAACUGCUUGCAGGUUUUGGAAGGCUGUGAAAGGACUUACUAUUUGUGUUAGUGUUCUCUAUGUAUCAUCAUAUUACCUUGCUUUUCCCUGGACAGCUGUGUUCAGAGCUUCAUGUGGAAAUCUUUCUAUUGAAGAGAGAUAAAAAGGAUCCUUAAUCUGUUUCUCUUUGGAUCUUUCUAUUUUUAUGGUGUAAGUUUAUCUAUUCAUGGGGCUGAAAAGCGUGCACAAAUCUGUCAGAGGAGAACUGCAGCAAGCUACCCAGUGUCACAGCGUCCACCUGUGGUCGGGCAUCGUUCACUCCCACAAGUCAGAGGGUCAAUAAAAAUGGAAGUUUCAUCUUCUGGAUCUAGUAUUUCAGCAGGCACUGGUGGAAAAACAAAACCCCAUCAGCCAGUAGCUAAGGAUGUCAACAUUUUUUUUGAUGAGUUAGAAGGUGUGAACAGCCCUUCCAAAGAUGAUGACUCCCUGCUUCACCAUGGUAACUUGACCAGUACUUCUGAUGAUGCCAGCAGGUUGGAAGUUGUGGGAGAGGAAGUACCUGAUAAGAACAAAACCAAUGGACUAUAUUUUAGAGAUGGAAAAUGUCGGAUUGACUACAUUCUGGUGUAUAGAAAAUCCAAUCCACAGACAGAAAAAAGGGAAGUAUUUGAGAGAAAUAUCAGAGCCGAAGGACUUCAAAUGGAAAAAGAGUCAUCUCUAACAAACAGUGAUAUCAUCUUUGUGAAGCUGCAUGCCCCUUGGGAGGUCCUGGGCAAAUACGCUGAACUAAUGAAUGUAAGAAUGCCUUUCAGGCCCUUUAACCCCUUCAGUGCUGGAGCCCCCUGCAUACUUGUGCGCUGCUGUUUUUUAAAUGGACAUUUCAUUGAAAUCAAUGGGAAGUCAAGAAGAUCCAGGAGAAAAAUCUAUUACCUGCACCGCCGAUACAAGUUCAUGAAUAGGAUCGAGAAACAAAUAAGCAGGUUUCGAGGAUGGUUACCUAGAAAGCCAAUGAAACUGGACAAGGAGACACUGCCAGAUCUGGAGGAGAAUGACUGCUAUACUGCUCCAUUCAGCCAACAAAGGAUCCAUCACUUCAUCAUACAUAACAAAGAUACUUUCUUCAAUAAUGCUACAAGAAGUAGAAUUGUACACCAUAUCUUACAAAGAGUGAAAUACGAAGAAGGGAAAAACAAAAUUGGUCUGAAUCGAUUGCUCAGUAAUGGCUCCUAUGAAGCUGCAUUUCCUCUUCAUGAGGGAAGUUACAGAAGUAAGAAUUCGAUAAGAACCCAUGGGGCAGAAAACCACAGGCAUCUGCUCUAUGAAUGUUGGGCUUCCUGGGGAGUGUGGUAUAAAUACCAGCCACUGGAUCUCGUGAGACGGUACUUCGGUGAGAAAAUUGGGCUGUACUUUGCCUGGUUAGGCUGGUACACGGGGAUGCUCUUCCCAGCUGCCUUCAUCGGAUUGUUUGUCUUUUUGUAUGGAGUCACCACUUUGAACCACUGCCAAGUCAGUAAAGAAGUCUGUCAAGCUACAGAUAUCAUAAUGUGUCCUAUAUGUGAUAAAUACUGUCCCUUCAUGAGGUUGUCAGACAGCUGUGUUUAUGCCAAGGUAACCCACCUUUUUGACAAUGGAGCGACUGUCUUUUUUGCUGUCUUCAUGGCGGUAUGGGCAACUGUAUUUCUGGAGUUUUGGAAAAGAAGGCGAGCAGUAAUUGCGUAUGACUGGGACUUGAUAGACUGGGAAGAAGAAGAGGAGGAAAUACGUCCGCAGUUUGAAGCCAAGUACUCCAAGAAAGAACGAAUGAACCCCAUAUCCGGGAAGCCAGAGCCUUAUCAAGCAUUUGCAGAUAAAUGCAGCAGACUCAUUGUUUCUGCAUCUGGAAUAUUUUUUAUGAUCUGUGUGGUGAUUGCUGCUGUUUUUGGAAUUGUUAUUUACCGUGUUGUGACUGUCAGCACUUUUGCUGCCUUUAAGUGGGCUUUAAUCAGGAAUAACUCUCAGGUUGCAACUACAGGGACUGCAGUGUGCAUCAACUUUUGCAUCAUCAUGCUACUAAAUGUGCUGUAUGAAAAGGUUGCUCUUUUCCUGACAAAUUUAGAGCAGCCUCGUACUGAAUCCGAGUGGGAGAACAGCUUCACUCUGAAAAUGUUUCUUUUUCAGUUUGUCAAUUUGAACAGCUCUACCUUUUAUAUAGCAUUCUUCCUUGGAAGAUUUACAGGACACCCUGGUGCCUACUUAAGGCUGAUAAACCGGUGGAGACUGGAAGAGUGCCACCCUAGUGGAUGCCUUAUUGAUCUCUGUAUGCAGAUGGGUAUUAUAAUGGUGUUAAAGCAGACCUGGAAUAAUUUCAUGGAACUGGGCUACCCGCUGAUUCAAAACUGGUGGACCAGGAGAAAACUACGACAAGAAUAUGGCGCACAGAGAAAAACAAGCUUCCCACAGUGGGAAAAGGACUACAAUCUGCAACCUAUGAAUGCUUAUGGGCUCUUUGAUGAAUACCUAGAAAUGAUUCUUCAGUUUGGGUUCACGACCAUUUUUGUGGCAGCUUUUCCACUGGCACCACUUCUGGCCUUACUUAACAAUAUUAUUGAAAUUCGGCUUGAUGCAUACAAAUUUGUUACCCAGUGGAGAAGACCUUUAGCUUCAAGAGCUAAAGAUAUAGGAAUCUGGUACGGGAUCUUGGAAGGCAUUGGAAUUCUUUCUGUUAUCACAAAUGCAUUUGUUAUAGCUGUGACAUCAGAUUUCAUCCCUCGUCUUGUUUAUGCUUAUAAAUAUGGGCCUUGUGCUGGCCAAGGAGAAGCUGGACAAAAGUGUAUGGUUGGCUAUGUUAAUGCCAGUUUAUCAGUAUUCCUGGUGUCUGACUUUGAAAACCGUUCAGAGCCAACAUCAAAUGGAAGUGAAUUCUCUGGUUCACCGUUAAAAUAUUGCAGGUACAGGGACUACCGAGACCCUCCGCACUCCCCAGUGCCCUACGGUUACACACUGCAGUUCUGGCACGUCUUAGCAGCACGGUUGGCUUUCAUUAUUGUAUUUGAGCACCUUGUCUUUUGCAUAAAGCACCUGAUUUCCUACCUAAUCCCAGAUCUCCCAAAAGACCUAAGAGAUCGGAUGAGGAGAGAAAAGUACCUGAUUCAGGAAAUGAUGUAUGAAGCUGAACUAGAACGUCUGCAGAAAGAGCGGAAGGAAAGGAAGAAGAAUGGAAAAUCUUAUCACAAUGAGUGGCCAUGAUGGGGUGAGGAAGAAACUUCUUAAAAGAAGAUAGGAAUUCUGUUUAUAAAAAUGUCCUGGUUUUCUACAGUGGAGAGUGCACUGAAAGGAAUAGUCAAUGUUGUGUGCACUUAGCGUAUGUGCACCCAUUUCAAUAGGGUGCAUAUUGUCAUAGCCUUGUGAAAUUAGAGGUCUUUCAAGGCUUAGUCUUCUCCAGAGCUAGAAUGUCAGCAUGAGCAGUUCAGACCAAUGCUUAAGUCUCUGCACUCUUUCCAGGAAGCUUCCAGGCCCUGACUUAAAUUCAAGGCCCUGAACUUCAAAGCAGUUAUAUCUUACAAUGCUUUACAGAACUCGGUGAUCUUACGGCUCAUUCUCAUGACCAAGUUGCUUCUUCAUAACCAGGGACUGCGCCUUGGCAACAUGGCAGUAUUUGUCCAUAUCUGUGGCCACCACUUGCAGCACAUGCAUGGCAGCACUGCCCUCUUCCACAGUGGACUAAGCUGUGUUAGCUUGCAUUUACUACGAAUUAAGGUCACCUAUGUGGACCGUUUCCAUUAGUUCAACAGUGCUGAAAUAUUUUUUAGGAGGAGACGCUUGAUCAUGAGUCUAAUCAACUCAGUCUAACAAUGCUGAAAAAUUUAGGAGUGCAGAAGCACUGACAGAUAAACCAAGCAUCUGAAUGUGGCCAGAGGUAUCUAACUGUAGGGUCAUUUAUUUGGAAAUGAUACUGUGAAAAUUUGGUAAUAUAUUUUAAAGAUUUGAACAGUGCCUUUUCAGCUAUAGGACUGUCUGUCUCUGAGGGAAACAAAUCAGGCUAGGGCAUCUUGCCCAGAACUGCCUGUGUAUUUUUAUUACAGGAUCCCACUGAGGCCUCAUCAGGAAUUAGGGUGUAUGAUACACAUAACAGAAGACAGCCUGUGUAUUAAAGAUCUAUCUGCACAAGUAUAAGAGAAAAAACCAACAGAUGAACAAGGUCAGCAGAGCAGAAGAACAUAGUCAUACAGAAUCUCUACACUUGCAACAUUUUCUUUAUUCGUCCUUCCAUUACCUAUGAAGGGGUGGAGGGGAAAAACAAAACAACAGACCUGUAGUAUGAAACAGCUUGAAAUCCUUCAUGCAGAACAAUUCUGCACAGGCUGCAGAAUUAGACUGGGGUGAAGUAGGCCACUGCCUAUAUCCUUUUGCAAAUUCUAGCAUUAAGAAAUUAAAAAUUUCCCGUAUCAUUAACACAAAAUAGUGGAGUUUUAGGUCUGAAGACUGAAGAAGUGUUGGAUGGGGCAACAUGAAUCAAAAUACUGAGUGUUGUGAAAGCUCUACCACCUUUUGCCUCAAAGUGAUAACACUGCAAUUCUUGCAGAACUUGCGGUGGCAUAAUCAGCCACAUCACAAAGAAGGAAGUUCAAAAGCCAAGACUGUAAGAAGCCAAGUGGAAGCAAGCCUAUGUCCUGGUGAGGAUGCAGCUAGAAACAAAUACUGGAGCUGAUUCAUUUGCCUAGCCUUUUUCCAAGUGGAGGUCCAUGAAAAAUAUAGUUUUCUCAGAAAUCUUAAGGAAUUGUGACCUUAUUAGUUUGAAGAUAUUUAAGAGGGAGGAAAAUUCAUCAAGCUGUUUCUACAAGUCUCCUCGAAAUGAUUCAAUAGAAGAGCUAGAAUGUGCCCUUCUGGACAGACCACGCAAUGCAAGACCCUACGGAUGGAUGCCUCAAGCUCAGAGACCCUUGCACCAAGACCCCAUAUUGCCAAGGUAGAGCUAUUAACUUCUUUCCUCUGCAAGGGAGGACUGUGCUAUUUCUGUGCAGGAGAAGGUUUUAAUGAAAGGUAAUAUGUCUUGAGGAAGGAGAGGGCUGGACGAAAAUGUAUGCACCCUCAUCUGUGUGGCCACUGCCUGCCUAAGCUUUACUUCCUUGCAGCAAGGAAUCUCCUCCAGUAAUGACCCAUCACCCUACAUGAAGAGGACAAAUGGCACAGCAGCUCCCGUUUGUCAGGUGCUCCUGGCCCAAGCCUGAAGGUCCCAUGAGGAAACCAACAUAAACACUGAAGGAAUUUCAGGACUAAUCUGUUCUCUGUUGAUACAGUGCCAAACUGAGCGGGGAGCGCCACUAGUGGUUGUGGGAUGUACUCCUGCCUAACGAAGAAGUGAACCCGUUCAUCUUUGCUGCAGCUUACAGCAGCUGUGGACACACCCUGUGUGGGCAGUGGAGAAAUGGGGGUAUUUCUGUCUCUGCAAAUAGGGGGCGGGGAUUAGGCAAUGUCAUCCUCCGUUACACACAUGCCAGAGGGAUUAGGGUUUACCAUCCACCACCUACGGGUAUGUAUUGCACUUGCAGUCUGGGGACUCGGGCAGGAUCGCUGUGCAAAAUCACAUUCAGACCGAAUUCAUGUGAGCAACUGGAUUAGUUUGCGUACCCUCUGUUUAAUAUCUAAAACAACAGAUGACAAGAGCUUAGAAACUGUUUGCUAAGUAGUAAAGUGAGACAUGAGUCAUGCAUAAAAUCAGUGUCACCCAUAUGAGUGUGAACCUUUGCAAACUCCUGCAGCAAAAUAUAGCUUUGUCUAUGUAGAUCUCAGUACCUUCCGAGAAUUGAACUAAAACCUAGUAGAAUAUAAACUGACUUCCACUCCAGAGGAACCACUGCAAUAUACUGUGUCAAAACAAAUAAAGCGCAGCAGAAAUACAAUAGAUGAUAAUGGCUUUUGAGACUAGUUUUCAACAUAGCUAUAUUAUGAUGAAUUUUCAUGACAAUACAUUGCUAGAAGUUGCGUCCUGUUCUGCUCUAAAUAAGAGCACAAGUUGUCUGCUUACCAGGCUUGUGCUGAGUAUGACGCUGAAAGGGGCUCUGACCUCCCUGGCAGACCCUGACUACAUUUCUGUUAUUUAAUGUUGACCUGUCAGUCAACCCACCAGGGUUUCUGUGCUGCUGGUCUGCCGGAUAGAUUUCCCUUGAGUCUUUCAGCGCUACAGAGCAGAACACUCAGGAAAGAUGACCCCUUUUUAUUUAUUUUAUUAAUUAGGAAAAUAUAAAUAAUAGGUUAAUAAUAAUAAAUGGAUUUUUAAUGGUCUCUAGAUAGCAAAUUGAUGCCAUUCCCUUCUUUCUGAUCUGAUGAUGGGUUUUGUUUAAACCUCCAGGUGAUCAUCCUAUAUGUUGUUUACUUAUUCCAGCUCCACAAGAGCACUACCUUCAAGGGAAUGAGAAAAAAUGCAACCUCAAUGCAUGCCACAGACAUUUUACAUAGCAAGCACUACAGCACACAUCAAAGGACUUACUAUGAAACCAUCUUGCAAUCAGCAUAGGAUUGAUCUUCAUAGACCACUCUUGACAGCAAGCAUGUACUUCAUGGGCAGUUACACAUCAGUUUUUAAAACCAAGGAAAAAAAGUUGUAUAUUGGGACUUUUUCAGCCUGUUUGCUACGUUUUUUGCAUUCUGUCCCAUGUUGGUUUUACAGAUCUUAGAAUAAAAAAAAAAAUGUAAAUGAACAACCUGGAUACUUUGACAUGAGAAAAAUCCUAGGUAUAAAACAUCAUCUGCAUUCAAGCCGCUAAAUAUUACAACAGAAACCAUGUUUACAAAUCAGUUCUUUUUUAUUUUAAACCUUUCUGAUGGGACUUAUGUUAUUUACCAUAUAUUAUAUAUAUAUAUAUAAAGUAUAUAGAGAGAUUGUUUAUCUGUAAAUAGAAAAAUCCUACAGAGAAGAAUGUCAAGUUUUCACACUUUAAAAAAAACCAUCAACAUAAAGCCAUGUUUAAUGCUUGUAUAAUGUGAUGCAAUAAACUUUAAAAUAAAUUAUGCAUAUGAAAUAUUUGCUGUUUGGCAUUCAUGAGUUAUUUUCUGUUUACCUUAUUUGUUCAGCAAGCAAACAGACCAAUCAGGUGGAAGCAAAUUUAAAUGCAGACUAAAAAGGACCAAAAUCUAUCCCUACUUUCUCUCUGUGGAUCCUUUGUGAUUCACAUAGCCAAAUAUUGUUCCUGUUGUGGUUCUAGUUCUUUUUUUAAUGUUCCUACUUGUUUUGUUUCUUGACCCUGCCAGAUGCUGCAUGUAACCUGGACAGUGUGGAGUGCUCCCACUCCCAUGGAAUUAAUUGGUUUUGAGCAUCCAGCGUUUCUUUGUCGGGUGAGCUUUUAGCUGGGAAUGAUGAAGGAUCAGGGUGCAGGACUGUAAUGGAUACACCAAGAAUUAUCUUUUGCAAGAUGUAAAGAUUUUGUAAGAUGUCUAUUUAAAAUAGCAUUUACAUAGACAAGGCCUUGGCUGACAGUCCAACUAGCAGAGGACAGUAUAUGGUCCCAGAAAAAACAUUAUUCAAAAUGAAUUAGUUGUUUUAAUUAGUGAUGCCAAUUAAAACAAGAAGCAUAUAGGAAAUAGUAAAGUAGAAAGAGUCACUUUGUAGCUCUGCAGCAAUCAUGGGAGGUUAGUUAGCUAGUAAUGUGGUUGUGGGGGUCACCUGCGAAGCUUAAGAACGUUUGUCUCUAAAAUGCUUACAGCAAGAUAUUCUCCCCAGUGAAAACUCAUCUUGAUGUUGUGAUUAUGGACCAAUAGAUACCACCCGGCCCAAACUCACUUCAUACCAAAAUUAGAGUUAAAUGACUGCUUAGUGCUCAAAUAGUGACUUCAAACAGUAAGUGAAGGUAAGUUUGUCGUUUACGUGUUUUCUCUGUUUUAAACCACUAUGUGAAUUCAAAGCAGUGAGAAAAAAACUCUGUGGUGCCACAUUUUUUUAACUAACUGGGAAAAUUAAUCUUCACUCCACAAACAAAACAGGUAGAAGUCACACAUCACCCAAGACAGUUUAAGGCAGUAUCAAUUACAGUGCAAACAGUGAUCUCAGUACUGAGUGGUGCCAUGGAGGCCACGCUGAUGCUGCUUCGCACAGCGGUAAUCAAGUCACCCUUCUGAGAAGCACAUUCAGAUGGGAGUUCAGCAUUUGUGUUGGGAGGGCUGUAGCUGGACCAGCAGGCACACAGGUCAAGUGCUUGCCACAGACUUCUGUUCUCUCUGUCCACAGCUUGCUUUGUACCAUAAAGCACAGGUACUCAGAGCCACACCAGUCCUCUUCAUAUCAGUGUUCUGCAGCAGCAUGGAGAUACCAGUACUUACCCUCUUUCAGACCUGCAGGCUGGAAGUACCUGGUAAGUAUAAUUACUGUCUUCCAAGUCCCAAGACCUAUUCCAUAGCACAAAACGCAGUAUCUGUUUCUGUGUCAUGAAGACAAGGCACCAGCUUGCUAU